CGGGCAGGCGGGCGGAGCGCGCUGCGGGCUCGCUCGGGUACCAGCGCUGCCGCAUCCCAGCCGCGCUCCCGCAGCCGCUGCCAGCCCACCGCGCAGCUCCCGCCCCUGCAGCCGCUCGGCGGCCUCCCGGCUAGGCCUGGCCGGUCCAGUCGGGCAGUGGCAGUGCAGCGACACUGGGCGCAGAGCGGAGAUGCGGCGCUUCGGGAGCACCCUGCUGUGCCUGCUGCUGGCGGCGGCGGUCCCCACGGCCCCCGCGCCGGCUCCGACAGCGACUUCGGCUCCCGUCGAGCCCGGCCCAGCUCUCAGCUACCCGCAGGAGGAGGCCACCCUCAACGAGAUGUUCCGCGAAGUGGAGGAACUGAUGGAGGACACGCAGCACAAAUUGCGCAGCGCGGUGGAGGAGAUGGAGGCAGAAGAAGCUGCUGGUAAAACAUCAGAGGUGAACCUGGCAAACUUACCUCCCAGCUAUCACAAUGAAACCAACACGGAAACGAAGGUUGGAAAUAAUACCAUCCACGUGCAUCGAGAAAUUCACAAGAUCACCAACAACCAGACUGGACAAACGGUCUUUUCAGAGACAGUGAUCACGUCUGUGGGAGAGGAAGACAAAAGGAGCCACGAGUGCAUCAUUGAUGAGGACUGCGGGCCCCGAAGUUAUUGCCAGUUUUCCAGCUUCCAGUACCUCUGCCAGCCAUGCCGGGACCACCAGAUGAUCUGCACCCGGAACACUGAGUGCUGUGGAGACCAGCUGUGUGUCUGGGGUCACUGCACCGAAACAGCCACCAAAGGCAGCAAUGGGACCAUCUGCGACAACCAGAGGGACUGCCAGCCUGGGCUGUGCUGUGCCUUCCAGAGAGGUCUCUUGUUCCCGGUGUGCACACCCCUGCCUGUGGAGGAUGAGCUCUGCCAUGACCCCGCCAGCCGGCUUCUGGAUCUCAUCACCUGGGAACUGGAGCCUGAUGGAGCUUUGGACCGAUGCCCAUGUGCUAGUGGCCUCCUCUGCCAGCCUCACAGCCACAGCCUGGUGUAUGUGUGCAAGCCAACCUUUGUCGGGAGCCACGACAAAGACGGAGAGACCCUGGCACCCCGAGAGGUCCCCGAUGAGUACGGAGAUGGUGGCUUCAUUGAAGAAGUGCGCCAGGAGCUGGAGAACCUGGAGAGGAGCCUGUCAGUGGAAAUGGCUUUUGGGGAGCCCGAUGCUACCUCUGAGCUGCUGGAGGCUGAAGAGAUUUAGACCCAGGCCUGUUCUGCGGGUAGACGUGCAAUAGAAGUAGCUAAUUUAUUUCCCCAGCUGUGUCCUCUAGGUGUCGGCUCACCAGGCUUUUUUCCAUGGCCUCUUCCCAGAACAUAUUCCCUCUGGCUUGAAACAAAAUGAGGUGCUGCCCACUUGUCUAGCCGCCCCCAGACUGUAUACCAUGCAUCACAGUUCUGGUGCUGGGGAAAGGUGGGGUGUGGGGGGUUAAAGCAAAACAGGGCUGUUAAACAGGUCCAAAUUAUUGGGCGCUUUGCCUCUGCUGGUUGGCAGAUGGCUCAUUUCAUUUUGUUCUAUGUUGCCUCGAGAAUUGUUGGAGGGGAGGAGAUGGAAAAGGAUGCAGAAUUUUCUCAUGAUGGGUUUUGGGGAAAUGUUGACUCUUACAUACGUGAAGAAGAGGGCCCUGUUUUGCGAACAUAAACCUGGCAAAGAUGCAACAAACGAAGUUUUCAUGCACUUCUUCGCACGGGCAUAGGUAAGCUGUGCCUUCAGCCGCUGCAGGUGGAACGUUCUGCUGCCUCUGAGUUACAUACAUCCAGCCUUUCCGCAGUGUUACUUGGCCCCUACCUUUGUGCCAGGGAAACAGUUGCAUACGUAUCCAUGAUCGAGUCAUGCUCUCACCACAACCUGGUGAAGGGGGCACUGUUCUCCCUGUCUGUCAGGAUCUUGGAGGCUCAAAGAUGUCCAGCUCCUUGCCCAAGUCACACAGCUAGUGAAGACCAGAGCAGGAUUUCACUCAGGUGUGACUCCAAGCCCCGUGCUCUCCCCAAUCCUCCCCACCAGCCGCGGUGCCACCAAAAGUACCCCAUUCAAAGAGGAAGAAUGAGAUGUUUUCUUUUUUUGAGGCACAUCGGGAAUUCAGGUCAAACUAGUUCACAUAUCACUCUAAGAGUCAACUUCUACUCUUAGAAAUAGUCGUGUUCUUCCUAGUGUGGGGGCAGCCAUCAUUCUAGUGGAGACAGAUCAUACUGAGAGCAUGCGCCAUGGCGGUGAGUUACAGCAGUAACUUUGAAGGGACAUGAUUGGAGCAUAUCAUCUAAGUUAACUUGCCAGAAACAGUACUUACUUAGGUCAUUGGAGGGCCAGGAGUCUAAGUGAAAUUUACAAAAUCACUUACCAGCAACUGUAGACUAUUAUCAACCACGUGGAGAAAAUCCAACUGAGCUAAGGCUCUAUGAAAUAUGGUUGUAAUAUCCAAACUGAGAGCACUGAACUGUAUGCUGUCCCACAAAUGAUAUUUUCAGGUGCCAUGGACUGUUUCCAUCAUGUAUUCAUCCAGAGUUAUUAAAUUUUAAAGUUGCACACGAUUGUAUAAGCAUGCUUUCUUUAAGUUUUAAAUUAUGUAUAAACACAUAUGUUGCAGUUAGAAAUUAAGCAUAAAUCACUUAAACUAC